AGCAGGGCGUGCGAUUUCGUCCGGGUCGUAGCGAUUGCCCACUGCAGACUUUUCGCGUACUACAUUUAGCUGAAUUAACGGAAAUGCUUGUCUUACACUGCAAAGCAAGGAGCAUUCACAUUUAAUUUCGAUCUUUUUGAUGUAAUUCAUCACAUGACGCUCUUACGUCGUGUUUUGUCGCGGUGUUUGCGUGCUACCGGAUUCGUUGUCCAGAGCGUUGCCAUUGCGUACUGUGUCGUCGAAUUCUGCGGAGACCUAGUUAUAUGCAGCGGGUCUUCCAUGGAGCCUACUAUUGCGUCUAACGACAUCCUUCUCACUGAACACGUAUCUGUGCACACGAACCGCAUUCAGAGAGGCGACAUCGUCAUAGCGAAGUGCCCCAACAAUCCGCGGCAGUACAUAUGCAAGAGAGUCGUUGGUGUUCACGGAGACCAGUUGAUAUCCGGGCUCUUCGUGCAAAGGAUACCAAAAGGACAUGUUUGGCUUGAAGGUGACAAUAAGGAGAACUCAACAGAUUCCCGUGCAUAUGGCCCCGUUCCACUUGGCCUUGUCAGAGGAAGAGCAGUGUGUAGGUGACCUCCAAGAUUGCACGACAUGCUCAUCUUGGAGCAGAGCAUUUCUCGUUUGUAGCAGCUUUAACGGAAUGUAGCAGAUUGGAGCAGCAUUCCUACUACUACAUUGGUCAUAAGGCUACUACUACGAGCGAGUUGAGGGGUGAAGACAGCAGCUAGAUCAUGCGCCUGCAAAACUAUGGCAUUGGGAAGUUCUGGAGAGUGAGAACAAGUUUUUGGCCUCCCUUUCGAGCAAUGUAGAUGCUUUAGGAGGCUGACUGGACAGCCUUGCACAGUAGCCUGUUUUUUGAAAAUGGCUGGACAUUGCUUUGUACCAAAUAAUUUGCUGCACAUGUAGAAGCUACUAGAGCAAAAAUUGCAUCACCACUUUCAAGUGCCAUAAGUGCUAAUUUUGCAUGCUGUUCCUCUUGGUUUUGCAGCUGUAUCCAUACAGGAACGCCACUUUCUUCCGGAAUGAUGCAUAAUAAAAAGACUGUCUUGUCUGAAGCAAGUUUA